UUUUUUAUUUUUAUUAAAUUGGUACUGGUUUGGGACUCCCCAUUUCCUAAUAGACUUCACCAACAGACUAUUCACCGAAAGACUAUUCAUCGAAAGACUAUUUGUCGAUUUUCUCGAUUAGUCAGUGAAUAGUCGGUCGGUGAACUACCCCCUAAUUUCUUUUUAAUUUUUACUGCUACAAGUAGGGCCUGUUUGAUAUUUCACCGACACUCUUCAUAGAAAGAGUGUCUGUUUCAGUGAAUAGUAGGAUCCCGAAAUGCCGCCCGCAAUUCGGGAUUUUCCUUCCCUAACCUACAAUCAGGCUUUUCACCGACAGACUUUUCGUCAACAGACUUUUAGUCGACUAUUUUUCGAUUUUCCAACUUAGCGGUGAAUAGUAAGUCGGUGAAAUGUCCCUUCCCCAUUGCUCAAUCCUCUAAAAUUUUAUUUUAAAGAUGUGAAUUAAUAACAAAAACAAAUGCUGAAAGAUUAAUAGCAAUGUUAAAACUAACGGGAUCUCCAGCACCUUUCGACCUCCUAAACAAUCAACUACGAAGUUUACUUCUUCCAUUAAAAGUUGCCCACGACUGUUUUGGUGGUUGUAAAGGGUAUCUCUACCCGACAUUAACUCCAAAUCCUUGCUUAGAAUGCAAAACUUGUCAUAACAUGUUUAAACCUGAAGAUUUUUGUCUUCACACCCAUUCACCGACGAACGGGAAAAACACCUGUUUUUGGGGUUUUGAUGCUACAAAUUGGCCAUACUACAUUAGAAUUGAUGAUGAAACAACAGAAGGGGAUGAAUUAAUUUUAUUUAAUAGAAACCAGACUUUAGAGGAAGAAGAAAAUCGUUUAGCUAUAUUUAUCCAAACUUAUUUGGCUAGACAACAACAACAAUCAAUUCCUUAACCAAAAAUUUAUAUCCCCUUUCAAGGGCGUAUCCAGAGGGUCUAUGUAUGAUUCAGAACUGAGGCGUCCAUUUUUACCUAUUUCUGCUGUUUUGCGCUUGGAAUGUUUUUAAAAUUUGAAAAAUUGGCGUUGGCGCCCCCACGCAAAAAUUUUGCGCACAGCCUGUGGAUUUUAGUUGGGAGAUGUGCGCCAAACCUUUGGCGUUUCGAAAGCCAAAAGUUUCGAACGCCAAACAAAAAUUUUUCUAUCUCACAGACCGUUGAUACGCCAUUGUUCCCUCUUAUACUAUCACCUCUUUCUUUUUUCUUCCCCCUGUGAAAAUUUCUUCAGAAAACGUAAACCGGGCAUUUUUCUAUAUUCCAAAAAGCGUAGUACUCAAAUACAUAUUUUCAAAAUUUCUAGCAAUUUUAUUUUUCAAGAUAAAAUUUUAAAUACUUAUGAAGGUUUUUUUAAAGUCUGGAUUUACUUUGGUUAGAUUGAGUGACAAAGAACUAACACAUUUUAAGGAAGAAUUGAGAUCCUAAUGCCUUAGCAAUAGCCACCAAAAAGUCACAGUUCGAAGCGUGCUUGAGGCUGUACUU